AUGGCCAACGCAAAAUCAACACCAUCCGACGCCCCCCGCGCCCCCAAAAACGACUUUGGGACGAAUCUCUGGGUUCGCCAGGAAUCCGUCGAGCAUCGGCACCCAACAGCCGGCCGCGGACUCUUCGCCGGCCUCCAAGACACGAAGAAGUACAAUGUUGACAGCGGGUGGGCGAAGCGGAACGCCGAUGCCUCGACGGGGUUUGGGGGGUGGUUGUGGAAUAAGGUCUUUGGCGGGAACUACAAGCCUUACGAAUAA